CUGAGGUGAAGGCGGAAGCCGCUGGUCUUCGGCGGCUGUCGUCGUCUCCUCCUCCUCCUCCUCCUCCAUCUCUCUCCUCUCCAUGGCCUCAGGCAGGGGGGAACCCGCCAGCCCUCGGAACCGGCCUAGCAGCGGCAGCAGGACGACGACGACGACGAGGGGAAGGCAGCGCCGAGGGGACCGGUGACUGCCGCCGCCGCCGCCGCUUCUGCUGCUCCCUCAGGCCCGGCCCGGGCUCCCGCUUCGCCCGGCCAUGGGCUCCCUAUUCCGCAGCGAGACGAUGUGCCUGACGCAGCUCUUCCUCCAAGCCGGCUCGGCCUACGAGUGCCUCAGCGUCUUGGGCGAGCGGGGCCUGGCCCACUUCAGAGACCUCAACCCCAGUACGAGCGUGUUCCAACGGAAAUAUGUGGGUGAAGUGAAGAAGUGUGAAGAGAUGGAAAGAAUACUAGGAUACCUAGUGCAGGAAAUUAAGAAAGUGGAUAUUCCUCUUCCAGAGGGAAAUGUUACCCCUGCUGCCCCUCCAUUUAAGCAGAUGUUGGAAAUCCAGGAGCAAUUGCAGAAGCUGGAGGUGGAGUUGAGAGAAGUGACGAAAAACAAAGAGAAGCUGAGGAAAAACCUCCAUGAGCUGACGGAAUAUACCCACAUGCUACGGGUCACCCGAUCCUUCGUGAGAAGAUCUGCUGAGUUUGAGUCCUGUUUACAGACGAAUUAUGAAGAAUUCCCAUCUUUAGAAAGCGAGCCUUUAGUGGACUACAGCUGCAUGCACAGGCUUGGGGCCAAACUUGGAUUUAUAUCUGGCUUAGUUCACCGAGCAAAAAUCGAAGCCUUUGAAAAAAUGCUGUGGCGAGUCUGCAAAGGAUAUACAAUUGUUUCUUAUUCAGAACUGGAAGAAUGUUUACAAGAUCCAGAUACGGGAGAACCUACCAAGUGGGUUGUCUUCUUAAUAUCCUAUUGGGGUGAACAGAUCGGGCAGAAAGUUAAGAAGAUAUGCGACUGCUACCAUUGCCAUAUCUACCCCUAUCCCAGCACCCCUGAGGAGCGCCGAAUCGUUAUGGAAGGACUCCAAGUUCGCAUUCAGGAUCUUCAUGUUGUGCUGCAUAAAACAGAAGAUUAUUUACGGCAAGUUUUAUGCAAGGCUUCUGAGUCCAUCUAUACCUGGGAUGUCCAAGUGAAGAAGAUGAAAGCGAUUUAUCAUGUGCUGAACCUCUGCAGCUUUGACGUCACCAACAAAUGCCUGAUUGCCGAGGUGUGGUGCCCAGUGGCUGACCUCCCGAACAUGCGCCGAGCCCUCGAGGAAGGAUCUAGAACAAGUGGAGCUUCUGUCCCUUCGUUCAUGAAUACAAUACCAACGAAAGAAACGCCUCCAACUUUGAUACGCACCAAUAAAUUCACCUCCGGAUUCCAGAACAUUGUCGAUGCUUACGGGAUUGGGAGCUAUAGGGAAGUGAAUCCAGCUCUGUUCACCAUCAUCACCUUCCCCUUUUUGUUUGCCGUUAUGUUUGGGGACUGCGGGCACGGCUUCUUAAUGUUCCUGUUUGCUUUGAUCAUGGUAUUGUUUGAAAAACACCCCAAACUGAUGCGAUCGCAAGACGAGAUCAUGAAGAUGUUUUUCCAAGGGCGAUACAUCAUCUUGCUGAUGGGCCUGUUUUCUGUGUACACUGGCCUGAUCUACAAUGACUGUUUUUCAAAGUCUUUGACUAUUUUCGCCUCCCGUUGGAAUGUUUCGCACAUGUUUGACAAGACGUGGAGUACAGAGGACUUGAAGAAUAAUCCAUAUUUGACAUUGGAUCCAAAUGUGACUGGAGUAUUCAGAGGAGCUUAUCCUUUCGGCAUAGAUCCGAUGUGGAACUUGGCGAACAAUCGGCUCAGUUUUAUAAAUUCCUUCAAAAUGAAAAUGUCUAUAAUCAUUGGACUGGUCCACAUGGCAUUUGGAGUUGUCUUAGGGGGAUUUAACCACUUGCAUUUCAAGAAGAAGUACAAUAUUUAUUUCGUUUUCAUUCCUCAAGUUCUGUUCAUGCUGUCUAUCUUCGGAUACCUUGUAUUUAUGAUCAUCUUAAAAUGGUUGACUUGCAAUGCCGGAAACUCCAAGACAGCUCCAAGCAUUCUGAUCCAGUUCAUUAACAUGUUCCUAUUUCCUGGUAGUGCAACAGAUGACUUCUUCACGGGACAGAAAAUUGUACAGCAGUUGCUGUUAUCUGUCGCUCUGCUUUCGGUUCCUGUGCUGCUUUUUGGAAAACCGCUUUAUUUAUACUGGUUGGACAACGGAGGCCAAAGCAUUGGGGCAUACAGAAAAGGCUACCGGUUAGUACGAAAAGAAAGUGAAGAGGAUAUUGCUCUAUUGAGAACUCAUGAUAUUGAAGAGGGAAGCAGCUCUUUGGAUAACAGGCACAAAGAUGAAAACAAGAAAGAGUUUAAUUUUGCAGAUGUGUUCAUGGAUCAAGCUAUUCAUACGAUUGAAUACUGUCUUGGAUGCAUCUCAAACACUGCUUCAUACCUCAGGCUCUGGGCACUAAGUCUAGCCCAUGCACAGUUAUCGGAAGUGCUCUGGGCAAUGAUCAUGAGAGUGGGCCUUCGUGUGGAUGCGACAUAUGGGAUCAUACUGCUGGUUCCAGUUUCAGCCUUAUUUAUGGUUCUAACAAUAUUCAUUCUCUUACUCAUGGAAGGUCUCUCAGCUUUUCUACAUGCUGUACGACUUCAUUGGGUAGAAUUUCAGAACAAGUUCUAUGCAGGCGAAGGAUACAAGUUCACACCUUUCUCCUUUCAGGACAUUUCUUUACAUUUUGAUAGAUAUAUUGCAUAGUUUGGCUGGUAUUGGCAGUAAGUCUCUGGAGCUGUUUGGAAAUAAUCAUGUACCUAGAUGCCAUUCUUCUGCAGCUCAUUGUAUAAAACAACAUCACUGAAUGCCUUAUAAUGCAGCCAAAUACUUUUGUAAUAUAUAACUGCACACCUGGACUUUACAAACAUGGGACCUCUUGUAAACAAGCAUAAAAUGUGUGUACUUUUCCCUGUCAUGAGCACAUAUAAAACUGAUCCAUCUGAUUGCAACUUCUAAAAUGCUCUAGGUAUUUUAAAGAGCUGUUUAUAUUCUUUAACAAAUCCUAACAGUGCAACCCUAUGCACACUUACUUGGGAGUAAGGACCAUUGAACAUAACUGAGUAAACAUGCAUAGGGUUGCACUAUUGAUCUUCCUUGUCAUUACCACUAAUACCACUGUUCCUUCAAGGAAAGUUUGGCAGCGACUAAGAAUGUAGUUGCAUCUCUUCAGUGUUUAUAGGAAGCUACUAAGAUUUUAUAUUACAUGAUCUUAAACGUGGGCUAAGAUAUUUAAAUAAAAUUUUCCCUCUGGUUAGAACAGGAAUUGCUCUUUGUUGCCAUUUCACAUUUUUAAUUUGGAAUAGAAAAGAAAGCAUGGGAAAGACACUCCGGAUUUUGGAUUGCUUGAAGAACUUGGAAGCAUGUAUCUCUAAUUCGUUUUGGGAGAUGUCCUUUGGCUAGCAUAGAGAACAAGAGAGGGCUCAGCCACAAAGAGCUCUAUUCAAGGAUCUGAAAUUAUUUUGUGAGGUCUUAAAUAUUCUAGCUGAGCUCCUGGUGGUACUCAAAUACUUGCUUAACUGAAAACAUUUCCUUGAACAUUAAGUAUGAGCUUAAGUGGGGUUUUGCCCCCAGUAUUACAGUCUGGAGCUCUUUGCUCAGUAUCGAGUAGAGAAACUACAUGUUAGUACAAGUUCUCUUAGACACCAGUUACACCAGCCUUCCCCAACUUUGUGCCCUCCAGAUGUGUUGGACUGCAAUUCUCAUCAUUCCUGGCACCAGGAGGGCAUGAAGUUAGGAAGGGAUGAGUUAUACACUCCUUUUCUAUGCAGCAUUCCAUUGCUGGAAGUUAGUACUUGGAAAAUCAGGUUUUGUUUAAUUUUGAUUUUGACACAGCAGCCAGUUCGGUAUUAAAUGACACCUGUUUAUGUUCUGUGAAGAUAACUACCCUUAAUUUUUUAAAAAAAUAAUCAGAAUAAAAAUUGAUGUAUUUUACCUUAAAGAAUUUUUAUAAGUGCCAAUGGGGAGAAAAAUCUAAUCUUGUUUCUUUCAUACUCAUCUUAAAUAAAGCUAAUUGCUCAUUUUGAGAACGUA